GUGCGCGUGCUGGAGCAGAUGAGCGCGCGGGCGCAUGAUGGCCUUGGCGCGUGAGCUGCGUCUGUGUUCCCCGGGAAGGUAAAGGUAGAGGUGCGGCGGGUGUUUGGGAGGAGCGCGCGCUGCUGCUGCUGUUGGUGCUGCUGUUUAUUCCCCGCGCGAGCUGCGUGUUUUUUGAUGGAGGUUUUGGCGGGACGGGGCGAAGCGUCGUGCGCAGUGUCCGUGCUGAGGAGGAUCUGUGUCGGUGGGAAGUUUGUGCAGCGCUCGCGCGGCGGCUCGCGCGGCAGUGGAGUGUGUGUAUUGUAGCCGCGGCUCCGGUGCUAUGAUGAAGAUGAUGAUGCUGCUGCUGCCAUGCGCGUGCUGAGGAGGAGCGAGCCCGGAGACAGAGAUCAACACUGAUAUUCAGCCCGCUGCUGUUGUGGUUUUAUUGUUUUUUUUUUCUUCUUUUUAUCCCCGCGCGCGCCAUGCACCUGGAAUAAGGAGGAGGCACCAUGGAUUUAAUCUGGGAACUAUUUCUGAUCCUGCAAGCCAGUUUCAUCGUGUGCACCACAGCUCAGCCAAGUCCUCCCAAAAUUCACGAGGGAUGGUGGGCGUACAAGGAGGUCGUGCAGGGGAGCUUUGUUCCAGUUCCGUCGUUCUGGGGUCUGGUGAAUUCAGCGUGGAAUCUGUGUUCAGUGGGGAAGAGACAGUCUCCCGUCAACAUUGAGACCAGCCAUAUGAUAUUCGACCCGUUUCUGACUCCGCUGAGACUCAACACCGGCGGCAGGAAGGUGGGAGGGACCAUGUACAACACUGGCCGUCACGUCUCUCUGCGAUUGGAUAAGGAACACUUGGUGAACAUCUCCGGCGGACCAAUGACGUACAGCCACCGUCUGGAGGAGAUCCGGUUACACUUCGGCAGUGAGGACGGUCAGGGAUCUGAGCAUCUGCUGAACGGCCAGGCUUUCUCCGGAGAGGUUCAGCUAAUACACUACAACCACGAGCUGUACACAAACUACACAGAAGCUGCCAAGAGUCCAAACGGGUUGGUCAUAGUGUCCAUAUUCAUGAAGAUAUCAGAGACUUCGAAUUCGUUUCUGAACCGGAUGCUGAACAGAGACACCAUCACGAGAAUAACGUAUAAGAAUGAUGCUUAUUUACUCUCGGGGCUGAACAUCGAGGAGGUUUAUCCAGAAACUGCGAGUUUUAUUACCUAUGAGGGAUCGAUGACCAUCCCUCCGUGUUUUGAGACGGCCACUUGGAUCCUUAUGAACAAGCCAAUAUACGUCACAAAAAUGCAGAUGCACUCCAUGCGUUUGCUCAGUCAGAACCAGCCGUCGCAGAUCUUCCUCAGUAUGAGUGAUAACGUGCGUCCGGUUCAGCCCCUCAACAACCGCUGCAUCCGAACCAACAUCAACUUCAGCAUGCAGGGGAAGGACUGCCCCAACAACCGGGCCCAGAAACUGCAGUACCGAGUGAACGAGUGGCUCUUGAAAUAGACCCCGUUUCAUGGAGAAGACCGAUCAGCCCGAGACACGAAAAGGAAACGAACGGAGAACGACGGAACCUCAGAGGACCAGAACGGACUCAAGACUGCAUCACAUUUGUCCUGCCAGAAAAAGUCAUGUCAAGACAUUGUAAAGAAAAAUAAAACAUAAAAGAAAAAGAAGAAAAUAAAAAAAAGAAAAACCUCAGCGAGAAGAGACUUUGCCCUGUCCAGCAAAGAGACUCUGUUUCAUACAGCAUCACACAAACUCAAACCCAGUGAAGUACUAAUAUACUAAUAUACAAAUGUUUUGAUACUUACCUUUUUUUGGUGGAAAACAAACAAAAAAAAGAGUAAAAACAUCGAAAAUUUGAAACAUUUAUUUCAUAGUCGCUUCACCAGACGGAACUAAAGAUGACUUUUUAGCGUUUGUAUAUACGGAUACCUUAUUCCGAGCAUUCUAACGGAACGGACGACGAGAAACCAGAACGAACCGAAAGCAUCCCUGACUCAUAACCUCAUUGUCUGUCACGCGUCCGGGGCGCGACGGGGCGCGACGGCGUGGACACCGCGGAGCGUCAGCCCUGUCGCGUCGCCCUCCAGACCAAAAUCACGUUAAAGAAGAAGAAUGUGCGUGCGUUACCUGUGAGACGAAGAGGGUCCUGGCUUGUAAAUAGAAUUACUCAUGCUGAAGAUUAAUAUGUAAAGAUACAAAUAAACAUUUAAAAAAUAUAUCAGAGGGAAAAAUAAAUUUAAAAAAGUUGAAUAUUUUACGCUUGGCGCACUUUCUGAAUUUCUGGAGCAGAGCUGAUGCCUUUUUUCUGUUUUAUUGUUUACAAUGGUCAUACACUGUGUUUGUUUAAUGUUAUCGGCCCAAUAAAUGUGUUUGGAAAGUC